AUGAAUAAUAACGGAACUUCAGAUCCAACUUCAGAUCAAAUUUCAGAACGAUGUGUUGUAAAAGAAGCUUUUGCAAACCAUCUUAGUACUCAAUCUUCAUUUUCUUCUCAUUCUUCACAUACUUCACAUUCUAAUUACACACAUCAACGACCAAACCAACAGUCACCGGUAUUAAUGGCUCCAAAACGCAGAAAGGCUUUAUUAAUCGGAAUUAAUUAUUUUAAGACAAAGUUUGAAUUGAAAGGGUGUUUAAAUGACGUUGCCAAUAUUAAAGCGUUCUUGGUUGAUUUAUAUGGUUUUCCAGAAGAUAAAGAUCAUAUGUUAAUUUUAACAGAUGACCCUAGACAAAAAGACCCAACAAAGAUUCCUACCAAAGCAAAUAUCCUGAAUGGAAUGAAAUGGCUCGUAAAAGAUGCCCAGCCGGGUGACUCCGGACACGGAGGGCAAGAAAAAGAUCUCGAUGGUGACGAAAUAGACGGGUAUGAUGAGACUAUUAUGCCACUCGAUUUUGAAAAAAAAGGACAAAUCAUUGAUGAUGUAAUGCAUAAUAUCAUGGUUCGUCCACUACCAGCUGGCGCAAAACUAACGGCAAUUUUUGAUUCAUGCCAUUCUGGAACUGCUCUUGAUUUGCCAUUUAUAUACUCCACAGGCGGAAUAGAAAAGAAAUUAAAUAUUUUUUGUGAAGGAACACACGCAAUUGUGGAUGCCAGUUUAUCAUAUUUACGAGGUGAUGCUGAAGGUAUAAAAACAACUUUCAAAUCAUUUACCGUAAAAGCUAUGCAUGGGCAGGAAAUAGAGGAGAAAAUUAAAAUAACCAAUUAUAGUGCUGCAGAUGUUAUCAUGUUUAGCGGAUGUAAAGAUACCCAAACAUCUGCAGACAUUAAAGAAGCAGGUCAAUCUACAGGUGCAAUGUCUUACGCCUUUAUUAAAACAUUGAAGGCGAAAAAGAAUCAGACGUAUCAAGAGCUACUGAAUAAUAUCAGGGAUAUCCUUUCGCUCAAGUAUACACAGAAACCGCAACUUAGCGCAUCGCACGAAACAGAUAUGAAUUUGCCAUUUUAUAUGUAG